AUGCCUCACUCUCAGCAUGAAGAAGAUGCUUCCGCAGCGAUGGGUGGUGCACCCAUACCGGUGACGCUUGUUACCGACUCUCUCGAGAAACCUUCCCUCGAUGAUCGCGACUAUCGAGUCAUUCGUCUUGGCAAUGAGCUCGAGGCUCUCCUGGUGCAUGACCCCGAGACCGAUAAGGCCAGCGCUGCUCUAGAUGUCAAUGUGGGAAACUUCAGCGACGAGUCUGAUAUCCCCGGUAUGGCCCAUGCGGUUGAACAUCUUCUUUUCAUGGGCACCAAGAAAUUCCCAAUUGAGAACGAAUACGGCCAAUACCUCUCCGCCAAUUCAGGAAGCUCAAAUGCUUACACUGGGCCAACAUCGACGAACUAUUUUUUCGAUAUUUCUGCCAAGCCGGACAAUGACCAGGAUCCUUCAGAUACAAACCCUUCUCCUCUGCGCGAGGCUCUGGAUCGAUUCGCUCAGUUCUUUAUCGAACCGCUCUUUCUACCCGAGACCCUGGACCGAGAACUGAAAGCUGUUGAUUCGGAGAAUAAAAAGAAUCUUCAGAAUGACACAUGGAGACUUCAUCAGCUGGAGAAGUCUCUGUCCAACCCUAACCACCCGUUUUGUCACUUCUCAACCGGCAAUUUUGAGGUUCUCAAGACACUUCCCGAGGCACGUGGGAUUAAUGUCAGGGACAAGUUUAUCGAGUUCCACGCCAGACACUACUCGGCCAACCGCAUGAAGCUGGUUGUUCUGGGUAGAGAACCGCUUGACGUGCUUCAGAAAUGGGUUGCCGAGUUGUUCUCUCCUGUCGUCAACAAAAAGCUUCCACCAAACAGGUGGCCAGGCGAACUUCCUUUCAGGGAAACCGAUCUCGGUAUGCAGUGUUUCGCGAAGCCCGUCAUGGACUCGAGAGAGCUGAACCUGUAUUUUCCCUUCAUCGAUGAGGAGUUUAUGUUUGCUACUCAACCUAGCCGAUAUAUCAGUCAUCUCAUCGGGCAUGAAGGCCCUGGAAGUAUCAUGUCACAUAUCAAGUCCAAGGGCUGGGCAAAUGGCCUUAGUGCCGGCGCCUACCCUGUUUGCCCUGGUACUCCUGGUAUCUUCGAUGUACAGGUUCGCUUGACGGAAGAAGGUCUUAAGAACUACCCUGAAAUCGUCAAGAUAUUUUUCCAGUACAUCACUCUCCUGCGUGAGAGCCCACCCCAGGAGUGGAUAUUUCAAGAGCAGAAGGGAAUGGCUGAUGUUGAUUUCAAGUUCAAGCAGAAGACGCCCGCCAGUCGCUUCACCAGCCGAAUCAGCUCGGUCAUGCAAAAGCCUCUUCCUCGGGAAUGGUUACUCAGUGGACAUAGCCGUCUCCGAGAAUUUGCUCCUGAUGAGAUCGAAAAAGCCCUUGCCAGGAUUCGCCCGGAUAACUUCCGCAUGGUCAUUGUAUCGCGCAAUUAUCCUGGCAACUGGGACCAGAAGGAAAAGUGGUACGGAACUGAAUAUCGACACGAGAAGAUUCCCGAAGAUCUUAUGGAGGAGUGCAAGAGAGCCUUUGCAGUCUCUCCUAAAGAUCGACUGCCUGCCCUUCACCUGCCUCACAAAAACCAGUUUAUCCCCAACAAGCUCGAGGUCGAGAAGAAGGAGGUGGCCGAGCCGGCACUGAACCCCCGGGUUCUUCGCAAUGAUAGCAUUGCCAGGACAUGGUGGAAGAAGGAUGAUACCUUCUGGGUUCCUCGAGCCAAUGUUAUUGUCAGCUUGAAGACACCACUCAUAUACGCUUCGGCAGAAAACAACGUCAAGGCUCGACUGUUCUCAGACCUCGUCCGUGAUGCACUCGAGGAGUACUCGUAUGACGCGGAGCUGGCUGGCUUGCAGUACAACGUCAGUCUCGAUUCGCGCGGUCUGUUCUUGGACGUUAGCGGCUAUAAUGAUAAGCUUCCCGUGCUCCUGGAACAAGUCGUCACGACAAUGCGAGACCUGGAUAUUAAGGAAGAUCGUUUUGAGAUCGUCAGGGAGCGCUUGGUCCGAGGAUACAGCAACUGGCAAUUGCAAUCAUCCUAUCACCAGGUUGUUGAUUACACCAAUUGGCUCAAUGCCCCCGAACGGGACUUUAUAGUGGAGGAGCUCGCGGCAGAGCUUCCAAGUGUCACAUUGGAAGGUGUCCGGCUGUUCCAGAAGCAGAUGCUUGGCCAGGUCUUCAUCGAAGUGUACGUACAUGGUAACAUGUACAAGGAGGAUGCUCUCAAAGCAACCGAUAUGGUCGAGUCCAUCCUGAAACCACGGGUUUUGCCCAAGGCCCAGUGGCCUAUCCUGCGGUCACUCAUUCUGACAAAAGGUUCCAACUACGUUUUCAGAAAGACUCUCAAGGACCCUGCCAACGUUAACCACUGCGUCGAGACUUGGUUUUAUGUUGGUAGCAGAGAAGAUCGCGACAUUCGGACCAAGACUCUCCUUUUAGACCAAAUGCUCCAUGAGCCAGCCUUUGAUCAACUCCGGACUAAGGAGCAGCUCGGCUAUAUCGUUUUCAGCGGACCUCGAGCUUUCUCGACGACUUAUGGCUUCCGCUUCCUCAUUCAGAGUGAAAUGACACCAGAGUUCCUUGACUCGCGUAUCGAAGCGUUCCUCAUGAGAUAUGCAGACACUCUAGAAAAGAUGAGUGAGACAGAAUUCGAGGGACACAAGCGAAGUCUGAUCGUCCGGCGACUAGAGAAGCUCAGAAACCUGGACCAGGAGUCCACUCGUCAUUGGAACCAGAUCACGAACGAAUACUACGACUUCGAACUUGCCCAGCGCGAUGCCGCACAGAUUAAGCUCCUGACCAAACCUGAGGUCAUCGAGUUCUUCAACCAGCGCCUCAACCCUGCUUCCAGUCACAGAGCACGGUUGUCAAUUCAUCUUCAGGCUCAAGGCAAGGCUGAAGGGGUCGAUAAGCGACAGGAAGAGGCUCAGAAGAAGGCCGACGAGGAACCAACCCCUGGAGAUGCCGUAAAGACAGCUGAGGAAAUCACUGAUGUCAGGCUUUACAAGGCCGGUCUCACCGCAAGUUCAGGGGCCAGACCCGUCAAAGACAUUAAUGAGUAUGAGGAUACGGAUGCAAAGUUGUAG